AAAUAACUUAAUCCAUGAAUCAAAGACUUUUUUCCUUUUAUUUGUCAUGCACUGGGGAAAAGAUACAGACUGAUAAAUGUUCAAGAAGGAGGCAGAGGAAGCUCAUCCAGACAAGUCAGAUGACAUCACCCUGAAGGGACUUCCAGGAGUGGGUGGGCUCUACUAUAAAAAGACUCUGCUUCCAUUCAGACGUUCAGACUUCAGGGGACGAGAAGGAGACUAGAGCUGAUUCAACAGAACCUCUGAACUGUAGCAGUCACACCCCAACCAGAAGGAUGCUUGGCGUUACUAUGCUCCUGUCCGUGACCCUGAGCACAGUCGGGCUCUGCUCCCUGCAGGACAAGCAGGCCGACUUUGGCCUGAGGGUCUUUUCCCAGUUGACCCACGGAGCUGCGGACAAGAAUGUGGUCUUCUCUCCACACGGCCUGACGUCCGUCCUGGCCAUGGCUCAGCUCGGUGCUGCUGGACACACUCUCAAAGCCUUGACUACCGCCAUGGGCUUCUCACUGCGAGAGCGAGUCAUGGCUCAGCAGCAGCGUCUCCAGCUGCGAGACUUGUCCAAGGAGGAGGCAGUGGAGGUAGCCAGUGGUGUGAUGGUGGAGAGGAAGAUGACCCUGGAGAAGAAGUACAGACGGGCUCUGGCCAAGGUCUUCCAGACCCACCUUCACCAGCUGGACUUCACUAAGCCGGAGCAGGCAGUCCAAAUAAUAAACGCAUGGAUCUCAGACCACACUGCAGGUAUCAUCCCUGAGAUCUUGGAAUCUGGCUCUUUGACUGAUGAGACCCGCUUGGUUCUCCUCAAUGCUCUCCACUUCCACGGCCUCUGGAAGGUUCCCUUUGACCCCAGACUGACACAGGAGAGGAUUUUCCACUGUGGCAACGGCAGCACUGUUCCCCUGCAUAUGAUGAGACUCACAAACCGCUUCAACUAUGGCGAGUUUGUGACUGCUGAUGGGGUGGAGUAUGAUGUCAUCGAGGUCCCAUAUGAGGGUGACUCACUCAGCAUGUUCCUCGUGUCACCCUUUGAGCCUGACGUCCCCCUCAACGCGCUCAGUGGGCAUCUGAGCAGUCAAAGCAUUCAACAGUGGAGGACUGAACUCAGGAAAGUGAAGAGAGAGCUGGUCAUGCCCAGGUUUACUCUGACGUCGGAGGUGAAUUUGAAGGCUGCCCUGCUUAACAUGGGUCUGGGAGAGAUCUUCAACCCGGCUACUGCCGACUUCUCACGCAUCUCACAUGAUGAGAAGCUUUUCGUGUCAAAGUUUGUGCAGAAAGUAAAGAUUGACGUGAAUGAGCAGGGAACCAAAGGAGCAGUGGCAACAGCUGCUGUCAUGUUCUCUCGCAUGGCAGUGGAGGAGAUCAUCCUGGACCGACCGUUCCUCUUCAUAAUCCAACACAAACAAACAGGUUCUAUUCUGCUCAUGGGUCAAUUUAACCAGCCCCAGCUGCGGUGAUGGUUUUGUCCUAAAAUAGAUCCACAACACGAUGACUACAUUCGACUAGAAGACAUGGACACUGCUAACUUUUGAAGCUUUGAUAUGACUUACACUGGAAAUAAGACUGACUGAGACCAACUUUGACAAAUGUUUAAAUGUUUAACUAUUAUUUAUCUGAAUGUUUAGUAUUGACCAAAGAAAUACAAAAGCAUAAUUUAAGCAGCAGUCAUAUAAAGAGAUGUUCCAGCAAGAAGACAAUUUAGCAUUUUUACUAAACAAGAGUUCAUCAAGAGUUUGUAUUUGGAAAGUUGUGUUUGUAUUUUUGCAGUAUUUUUAUUUAUUAAACUAUUAUAUAUUUUUUACAAA